AAUAGGUGAGAAGGUAGAACUCAAUGAAUACUUACGUGAUGAAUACUGCGCUAAGAGUCAACAGUCGUGCUCACCAGUCAGACCUACAAGAGGGAACGUGUAUGCUACAAAUAGAGGCAAAAAGCAGAACGUCUUCAGUCCAAAAACCUGGAAUUGUUUCAACCCAUCGCGUAACAAAUGGUUGUAUGUGCCCAAUGACUCGCCAGGAAAUGACACAUUUUCAACAGUGUCAAGAGAUAACACAAAACUGACAUUAUAUAUUGUGAUCGAAAGAAGAAAACUUGUAGAAAGGACAUGUGUAACAAAGACUUUGAUUGAGUUAAAUGCUACUAUUGGGAGGACAUUAGAUAUCACAUCGUAUCUAAAAAAUGGAUUUUGCACAACGACGACAGCAGUUUCGAAUGAAUGUUUGCCUGUCAAACCUUCAGUGGGAACUGUGAAAGGUAAAAGAAGGUACACCCGAAGAGGAACAUUUGAACCAUUUGUGACGAAAACCUGCUUCAAACCGAAUAUCUACAGAUGGACGUAUGUUGCUUCCGAGUCUACAUCGCACAAGGAAGACUCGUUCUCUGUUAUUUUAGCUAACAAUGAAAAAUUGGAUUUCAAAAUAACCAUGAAAGUAGAGCCAUGGUUCUUUCCUAUUUUUGCGGAUGAAGAAGGCCGUAACUUCCAAAACAACUGCCAGGUAACAGAAGUUGUAUAUCUAAAUGUAACAGCUACAAAAGCAAUAGGGCUUACCAAGUAUAUGGAAAAGGAACGAUGUACGGGUACUCACGGUUUAUGCUCUGCAAGGAAGCCGUCACAAGGAGCUCUGCGAGUGAAAGGUUCCGAUCCAUUUAAGAUGUCUAAUCUAGGAAACUGUUGGAACGCAACACGCCUUAAAUGGACUUAUACGUCAAUGAAUGAUAGGGAUGGUCAGGAUGAAUUUUCUAUUGUGUCACUUGGUAACACUGAACGAAAAUUCGUAAUAUCCAUAAUCAAAGAAAGCACCUGUGUGUUAAACGAUGUGGUAUAUUUGAAUGUAACUGCUACAAAAACAUUAGACAUAACAGAAUAUUUGGGAACUGAAUAUUGUACGGGUGUUCAGAAUGCAUGCUCUGCAACAGAACCGCUAAAGGGAGAUUUGAAUGUGAGAAAAAACGUAAAUCGAUUAAAUCCAUUCGAGAUUACUGGCUGUUUUAAUCCCAAAAGCGGCUACAAAUGGACGUACACGUCUCUGUUUGAUACUAGUGGACAAGACGUGUUUUCCGUUGUAUCAAAGACUGGCACAAUACUUACAUUUAACAUAUCUAUCUCCAAAGAUUGUAUUCUCCAAAAGGGGGAAUCAAAACGCGUGACUGUACAUGUGCUAGGUGAGUUCAUACUGAAAGAACUAACACCCGAUGCAGUAUGCACCAAAGUACAAACAACAAGAACUUGUCGAAUCA